CUGCGUCCGCGGGUCACGUGAUACCGCCCCACGACGUCAUUUUCCUGCGACUACCUCUGACAGCUCCAUGUGAACAGAUUUCACCAAAGUUAUCGUUCAUUUCUGGUUGGAUGUGGGAUGGUGACGCCGGCUGCUGAAUUGUGAGAAACCUUUUCUCUCCUUUCCUACCUGUAGCCACUCUCUUGUCUCUCAGACCCGAUGGCCGGCCGCCUCUUGGGCAGAUAUGCCCGUCUGCUCUGCAGGGCCUCCUCCCAGGCUUCAGCUCCAGCUGCUGCUGCCCGCCUGCCUCUGCCUGUGGCUGGGCCUGCAGAGGUGCAGAGGGCUCAGGUCUGGCCAUGGGUGACAGAAAGGUUAAUGUGUGAGGGAAGGACAAUUACCAAGGAAGACACUUUUACAAACAUGCCUACUCGCACCCAGCUGGACGAGUUGGUGGAAAAGGCAGCAGUGCCAGAUGACAUCCUGCUUGCCUGGGCAGAGCAUGGAGGAAAUGGUAAUCAAGCUGCCAAUAGCCUGAUGAAGUGGGCUCAGUUGGUGCUAAGGACAAAGGGCAAGUUUAAGGAACAACAACCAGAACUGAUGACAGAUUCAAGGCUUCUGGAUAUGAUGGGUACUGUAUCUCGGGAGGUGUCUUCAGUGUGGAACAGCACUCUAGUGUCUGUCUUGCGAACUCUAUGGAUUAUGGGUGUGCCCACCAAUGAUUCAGUACUCAGUUCUGUCCAGACUGAAGUCCUGUGGCGACUCCGCAGGCUAACCUACAAGCAAUUGGCCUACCUGGCAGAUUGGGGAGCAGGCAGGAAAGGACAGCAGGACGUGACAAUAGUAAAUUCUGCAUUAAAACAGCUGGAACUGCGCUGGACUGAAAUCGCUGAUGCUAAAACUGUCAGCGCACUGAUGUCCAGACGACAACGCUUGUCACCUACAUUGAUAGACAGACUUGAAGACAAGGCUUUGGAGCUUGCAGAGGGCUUUUCAGCAGAAGAGAUCCGCAAAGUCUGUGUGUCUUUGGCAGCUCAGAGCCGCAGAUCUGUCCCGCUGCUCAGAGCUUUGUCCUACUACCUUCUCCAGAAACCGUCAUCAGAGCUCUCCACUCAACUGCUACUGGACAUGGCUUUUGCAUACGGGAAGUUGAAUUUCCACCAUUCUCAGGUAUUUCAGCGAAUGGCCUCAGAGUUGUUACCCAGAGUCCCUGAGCUCAGCUCUGCUGAUGUCACACGCUGCGCUAAAUCACUGGGCUUCCUCAAAUGGCUUCAUAUCCCUCUCUUUGAGGCCUUUGCUGAGCACUACAUAAACAGUCAGAAGUACAGUACUCUUCAGCUCUGUAAUCUGCUCAUGACAUUUGCCCGACUGGGCUUUCAGCCCAGCAAAGGAGAAGAGUUCUAUAGCAAGGUUCACUCUGUGAUGGAGGACUCUCUCUCAGGCCUGGAGCCCUUCUUGCAGACAGAUGUUGUUUGGUCUCUGUGUGUGCUACAGCAGGCCAAGCCCCAGUACCUCAUCCCCCUCACACAACAGAAUCACGUUACCAAACUGUCUGAGGGCAGUCCAACUCAGGUGGAGAACUAUCAGCUGAAGCUCCUCCAUAUUGCUGCUACUCUUCACUUAGAGCAUCCGGGUUCCUCAGAUACUCCAUCCUCUCUGAGUGCCCUGACUGUCCCAAUCAGCAGCUCCCCCCUCUCCCCCCUGCAGAGCAGUUUAAGAGAGGCUUUACAGAGUUUGGUGGCUGGUAGGACGGAGGCCCUUCGCACUGGGGUUGACACACUCUAUGGAUGGACUAUUGAUGGGGAGCUGGUAGUGGAUUGUGACAACAAACCAGUUGACAUGUCCAUGCUGAAAGCCCCUCAUAUACCCAGUGGAGGAGGAGAUCAGGCUUUACCUGUAGGGGCACGGUGGCUUGCUUUCUUGGCUUGGGAAUUCCCAAACUUUGGCUCAAAGAGUAAAGACCUUUUGGGACGAUUUACCAUGAUGAAGCGACAUCUCCAGUUGGCUGGCUUAAUCACAGUGGAGGUGCCAUACUUUGAGUGGCUGGAGCUGAAGACAGACUGGCAGAAAUUGGCGUACCUGAAGGAUAAAAUAGGAAAGGCUGUGGCUGAGGACAUGGCCAAGUGAACCAAAAUUUACAGACUCAUCUAAAUCAGCUUUCCCAAUUAAAUGGGACCAGACGGAAUACACAUGUACACCCACGUUCACACUCCGAACGGAGCAGCGUUGCAGAAAAGCUCUCUCAUACUUUGUCAGAAAAAAAAUCAUAUUUUCACUCUGGUUCCCUUGGCAACGUGUGGGGCUUUCCCUGUUUCUAUGGUGAUGAAAAGCAAGAGUUUUGGAGCCUGAGAGAGACAGAAAUAAACACCACAGUAAGUCCUUCUGUAGAAAUUAUAGGAUCAACAAGUUAGUCUUUGCAUCUGCGAGUGACAUGUCAAAAACAUACGCACCCGGGCGACUUGUUGAAUUUUGGCCUAAACAAAGUGCAUAUUAUCAGAAUGUGAAUAGAGUGGAAUAACUUAAUUAUCUCCGUGAAUGUGUGUCAUCUUGUGAUGGAAUAAAAAAUUUUAUUGCCAUUUUUAA